AUGCUGACCCACCGUCAUAUCCGUGACGGUCAUGCCCACUUUGACGAAUAUGAGAACUUGGGCAGAGGUGGCUCGGCCUCCGUCGAGCGUGUACGCCAUAAGCUAUCCGGUCUGUUCUUUGCCCGGAAGAAGAUCCUGAGAGGAAACAAUAUCGCAACCCAGCAGCGCAAGCUCGAGGAAUUCGAAAGGGAGCUCAAGGCCUUGCAGCGCCUGCGCCACAAACAUCUCGUCAGCUAUGUCGGCAGCUAUACCGACCUGUGGUCCUUCUCCCUGAUCCUGACUCCCGUCGCUGAACUGGAGCUGAAGACACUGCUUGAACGACAGGCCAAAGAGCCAUUGCUCGGCGAAGAGGUCAACUGGCUGCGCAACGCUUUCGGUUGCAUAGCCUCCGCACUCUCCUACUGUCAUGAGAAUCGUUUCAGACACAAAGAUAUCAAGCCUGGCAACAUCUUGCUCAACGAUGGCCAGAUCUACCUUUGCGAUUUUGGCAUUAGCCAUGACUGGAAUGAUCUCCCAACUGCCACCACCACAGGCGACCCCGGAAAGUUCACGCUACGCUACUGUGCCCCCGAGGUUGUGAAUCGUCAGUCCCGGAAUGAAAAGUCUGAUGUCUGGUCCUUGGCCUGCGUCUACAUCGAGAUGAUAUCCGUCAUCAAGGGACAUAGCUUGCAAGACCUUGACCGCUUCCUGCUCAACGAGAAUAGUCCAUCAGUCGACUACUGGUGUCAACCUGAAGCUGCCAAAGCAUGGCUGGACCACAUAAGAGAUGGCUCUCCCGACGAUGUCGCUUUGGAUUGGAUCGAGAAGAUGGUGAGUUUGGCGAGUGUUCACUUCGGGAUCCCGUUUGAUCAUGUCAACAGUUCCGACAGAAUCCUGGCGAUAGACCGACCGCAGCAGACAUUGUCGAUGACAUCCAAGCUCACUUCCACAAUACCUCAAUGGACGAUUAUUUCGUCGGCAGGUGCUGUGUCUCGAGAUCACAGACGUCGGUCGUGA